AUGGGUAUUACGUGGAACGAUAAAGCGGACGCCAAGCUGCUGGCUGGCGUGCUUGCUCUUAGCCGCAGUCCCAUCGACUUUGAAGCUCUUGCAAGAUACAUGGGCGAAGGAGUCACCGUUAGUGCCGUCCGCCACCGCGUCACUCGCCUUAGGGCUAAGGCUGCGGAGAUGGCUGGUGACAGCGGCAGCAUCCCUGCUCCUGCUUCGCCUGUGAAAAAGCGCCAACGCACCCCAAAGAAGUCCGCCAAGGCCGCCGCCGCCCAGUCUAAGGAUGUUGAUACCGAGUCUGGUGGAGAAGGCCCGGCUCCUAAGGAUGACGAAACCGAUACCGAGGAUGUGGAGGGCAAGAAGCGCAAGAUCGAGCACGAGGACUCUGAAGAUGUUUCUUUCCUUGAGGAUGAUAUUAAGGACAAAGAAGCUUCAUUUGACUUCUAA